ACCUGCAGGCAUCUUGCAUCUUCUCUCUAGCUUUUUGUUUGUGCAGAAACCAGAUAAGCUUUAAUUUGUCCGGGGGUGGCCUCCACUAUAUAUACCAUACCAUCCUAGUUCGGGGAUCGGCCGGCCGGCUUCAUCAAUCAACAAUAUAUAAUCCUCCUAUCUUCAGUCUUGACACAAGCAAGCUACUCUGCUCUGCUCUGCUCUGCUCUGGUCUCCUGUCAGUCAGAGUUUGAGAGGAUCGGAUCGGGCGACGGCGAGCUGAGAUAGAGGCAAAUAAGGCGGCAGCAGGGAGCAUACACCGGCGUGCAGUUCCGCCAUGGGCAUCCUGGACCACUUGUCGCAUCUGUGCAGCCUCACGGAGACGAAGGAGGCGCUCAAGCUCAGGAAGAAGCGACCGCUGCAGACGGUGAACAUCAAGGUGAAGAUGGACUGCGAGGGUUGCGAGCGUCGUGUGAAGAGCGCGGUGAAGUCGAUGCGCGGGGUGACGAGCGUGGCGGUGAACCCGAAGCAGAGCAAGUGCACGGUGACGGGGUACGUGGAGCCGGCCAAGGUGCUGCAGCGCGUCAAGGCCACGGGCAAGAACGCCGAGAUGUGGCCCUACGUGCCCUACGCGCUCACCACCUACCCCUACGUCGGCGGCGCCUACGACAAGAAGGCACCCGCGGGGUUCGUCCGCAGCGCGCCGCAGGCCAUGGCCGAACCCUCCGCACCCGAGCUCAAGUACAUGAACAUGUUCAGCGACGAAAACGUCAACGCAUGCACGGUCAUGUGAGCAAAUUCCAUGUAUAUAUAUGGCGAUGGCGAUGGCCAUGGCGAUGAAUGAUCGAUGAUCCAUCACAAGAAUUCCAUGGUCCUAUGUAUGUAUGUUAUGUAGUACGUACGCGUGGUCAAGUACUAGCCAGUGAGAGUGUAUAUUUUUGUUUGUGUAUAUCUCUGUGGUUCGUCCUUCUUCUUUCAAAAAGACAAGAGAACUACGAACCACGCCCGACCGGCUUUUUUGGCGAGACAAAUUCGUUUGGUACUAUUAUAGUAUAUAACUAUUUAUGAUGAUGAAAUUCAAACCGGCCAGUAUA